AUGACAGUCUCAGAUGACAAUCUGGUGCUGCAGGUGCUGGCGUGGGCACUGCUGGUGGGGGACAUGGUGACACUGCGCUGCUGGCGCCAGCAGGACAAGUCAGUCAUGUCUGUGUCCUUCUACCACAACGGGAAGAAACUGGGGGGGCGCCACGAUGACACUGAGCUGUCCUUGUCCCCUCUGCAGCUGAACCACAGUGGCUGCUACAGCGAGCUCUUCCCUGUGCCGGUGCUGGAGGGUCCCCCUGAGCCCUCUGAGGGGUCCUCCCUGACUCUCAGCUGCCUCAGCACCCCCAGCCCCCUGUGGCCCCGAGCCCCCCUCCUGCACGUGUUCUACCGGGACGGGCAGGUGGUGGGGGGCCCGCAGGGGUCCCUGCAGCUGCUGGUGCCCGCCGUGGGGGUCUCCCACUCGGGGAAUUACAGCUGCCAGGUGCACUCCGAGGGUGGGGCCGUGUGGAAGACCAGCGCCCGGCUCCGCGUCACAGUGCGCAUGCCCGUGGCCAAUGCCACCAUCACCCCCAGUUACCUGUCACACCAGGUGCGUGCAGGUGACCCCGUGACCCUGUGCUGCUCAGUGCAGGUGGGCUCAGCCCCUGUCACCUUCACCUGGCUGCACAAUGGGCAGGAGGUGGCCCGGGGUCCCCUCCUGGAGCUCGGGGCCAUCGAUGUGGGACAUUCAGGCACCUACCAGUGCGUGGCCAUCAACCAGCUGGGACAGGACGGGCACCGUGUGUUCCGGGCACUCAGCCCAGAGCUGGUCCUGGAGGUGACACCUGGCUCACCCUGGGUCACAGUGGCUGCAGGUGUUGGUGGGGCCCUUUUGUUCCUGCUCCUGCUCGUGGGUGUCAUUGUGGCCUGGCACUGGUGGCACCGUGUGGCUGCCAGGAAGCAGCAGGAAAGGUGCUUGGCGAGAACCCCGAGCAGUGGCUCCGUCUGCGACAUGGUGAUGCAGGGCCCCCCUGGAUCUCCAGAGGAGGGGGAGGCGCUGUACACUCAUGUCGUGGUCACCAAGAGGGCAGGGGCGUCCCCCCGUGCCACCACCCUCCAGGAUCCCCAGGUGACCUACGCGGAGCUGCGGGGACCCCAGGGGCGACCGCGGGAACCCAGUGACAUCUACGGGAAUGUGCUGUGA